AUGCAAACUUGUUCAAAACACAAAGAUUAAUAAAUUGAUUUGAUUUGCCUAGAAUCGGCAUGCAAAUCUCACGUCGCUUGUGUUUAGUGUUUGAUUGAGGAUCAUUCCGAUCACCCAGAACAAUGUCUUUUUAUAGAUGACAUUUUAAAUAAUAACAUCAAAUUGGAAAACUCUAAAGUGAUUGAUUAUGUGACCAAACUCAGAAGUGAAUAAGAUUUGGUGAGUGUUGUAGAUAGAGAAUUUGUUUCCAUUUAAAAUGAAAUAUUGUUGAAAUUUGACGGCUUUUAAGAAGACUUGCAGAUUUAUUAUAAUCAAUUGACUCCUAAGGAGAUUCAAUAAAAAGAGAUAGAGUUUUUCGAUCUGCUCAAAAACGUCACCAAUUGCCAAGAAAUUGUGAAAUUGUAUCACCUCUAUUAAAGUGGGAAUAUCAACAAAGCGAAAUUGAAUCAAGACUUGAAUGCCUUGAUUAAUAAGCCCGAGAUAGAAUAGAACAAGUAGCAGAUAUUUACAAUCUAUAAAUGUCUAUUGUAAUAAAGCUUGAAGUUGUAGAAGAAGGACUUAAAUCAAAUAUAAAAUGACAUACUCGAAACACUUCAAGAGAUACCCAAAUUAUUAUCCUUAGAGAAAUCCAUCUAAUUCUACAGUCUGUAGGGUAAUAAAAGUACUAUCGAAAAUGGAAACAUCAUAACAAUUACAUCGUAAGAUCAAUAGGUAGUAAUUGUAUCAUAAAAUACAUUCUCCUAUCCCAAUAAAUAUUAAUUUACUAUUUAAGUUGAACAAUAUGAUACUAGCCAAAAUUAAUAAUUGCAAGUUGGAUUUGCUCAUCAUUCUAAAUUAAUGAAUUACAACUACUUCUAUAGAUAGAAUAGUAGUGCCUAUUUCGGAUUGAGUAACACAGGCAGAAUCAAUUUCUCGGUUUAGAAACCAGAAGGCAAGAUCAUAGGGGAAUCUGUGAGACAAGCGUUAAAAGAGAAAAGAUCUGCUCACAUUACAGUAUCAUUAGAUAUUUAGAAUAAAUAAUGUUUAUUACAAUAUGAAGACAUUAAGAUUGAAUACAGUAAAAAGAAGUGUUCAAAGUUGGGAUUUGGCGGAGAGACAGGUGCUGAAUAGUUCUUUUAGAAAAAUAAGAAAUUUGUAUUGUUUUUUAUUGGAAAUUUGGCAGAUAUGAAAUGCAAGGUGGUUUGAAUAUAUAAUAAUAAAUACGGGAUGAAUUUAUUUA